UAAUAAAAAUCUAUCUAUUUUUCGGAGUAACGUAAUUUUAGUAAGUCUUUAAAAAUUGUUUGUUGUGUUCUUAAUUAUUUUUUUUCACAAAUACAUUAAUUAACGCCUUGUGAUAUGUUAGGAGAAAAAGCGUACUCUCUUGUUAAGGAGUUAGAAGACAGACAAUGUGAAAUACUGCCUUAUAAUACUGAUUUAGUAACUGAAAUUGCCACUGAAAUCGUGCAUUUAUACGACCAAAAUCAUCAAGAUGUGAGACUCGAAGAUUCAAGAACUCCAGGUACUUCUACUAAUUUAAUGCCGACAGUAAGAAUGAGACAUGCAGCUAUACAAAGGAAUCAGCGCUGUUUAUUGGCCUAUCAUUAUAAUCGUUUAAGAUUAUUGCGUCAAAUGAGAUGGGAAUUUGGGAGCAUUCUACCGACUGAGCUGAAAGAAAAUUUAAGUGCAGCUGAAAAUGGUUGGUUUAAUAAAUAUUCUACAAUAUUAGGAAAAUACAUGAGAUCAAUUGGUGAAAAUGGCGGUUUGAAUUUAGCUGUAGAUCUUAAACCACCUAAAGCACUGUUUAUUGAAGUUCGGUGUUUAGUAGAUUAUGGAAAACUCGAAUUAAAUGAUGGAACGAAUGUGUUACUUAAAAAAAAUAGUCAGCAUUUCUUGCCUAGAUCAGAAUGUGAAGAAUUAAUACGCCGAGGAAUACUACAACACAUAGCAAAUUAAUUCCUUCUUUUUAUUGCACUUGUUAUGAUGCACACUUACAAUUAAAAUAAGUAUUUCAGAUCAAUUCGGGAAUAUUUUCGACAUACCAUAAAAUCUGUUUUACUUAUUAACCUAUUUUAGUCAGUAUGUAAAACAUGGGUUCCUUUAUGUCUUUUAACUGUUAAGAAAUUAUUUUAAAACGUUAGUUAUUUACGUUGAGAGUAAUGUCCGUAACCGCAAGCUAUGCACCGCUAUAACAUUUAUUCACAUUCCACGAAAAAUGAUGUCGAAAUCGAAUUAUUGACGGCAAUUUCUUUUGAUCCGCAUGAUGUGGGAUUUCUUAGACCUCAAAAUACCUAUUGCUUUAUUAUUUCAAAAGAAUUUGUAUUGAAUGUUUAUUUGUUUGUCCCAUACUUGAAACGUAAAAGUUACACACUUCAUAGAUUAAACGAAAUUUAUCUUUCAGUAAUACCAAAAUAUGUUCCAAAAAGUAUUUCGGUAGCAUCUGCAAUUAUAUUUUACGAUUUGAAAUGCAUUAUGGAGAGAUAAGAUCUAUAGAAGUUGUUUUUCAAAAUCUACAUCACUUUUCAUUUUACCAUAACGUAGUUUCAUUAUUUGGUUUUUCUUUAGGCAGGAUAUAUAUAUUAUUAUUAUUAGUAUUGAUUAAGAUCUUAAGCUUAUAUUUUAUUGUUGCACUGCGGAAAUUGAAAAGUAUUCGAAGAAUGUAUUCCAGUCAGCUACAUAAUCGUCUUUAAAAAUCCCAUGUGUAAUUAGAACCAACCUAAGUGGCAUGGACACUUUACAUUUACAAAACAAAGACUGGCUUUUAUAGAGUAUACUCACACGUUUAGAAUCACGUAUCUACUACAUAAGAAAAUUAAUAAUUUUAUACAUAUAAUAGUAUGUGUUACUUUGUAGAAUGCUGCGCUUAUGUAUGUUCAACUGGAAUGUUAUUUGUUCUAAAUACAUUAAGAUUUUCUGGAACUUGAGGUUGUUUUACGAAUAGUUCUUCAUAUUUAUUAGAAUACUUUGAACUUGCAUUAAAUUUUUGAAUUUUUAAACCCAUGUAAUUAGUAAGGGAUUAAAGAUGUGAAAUUAA